UUCAGUUUGCCGACUUCAUCCUACCGUGUGCAGUGAUUGAAAAACCCAGCAGAAACAGCGAUACGUGAAUUAAACAUGAGGAAUAUCAUCUACUUGGUGCAUUUUCUCUUUUUAUUACCAUUUACGUGCACAGAAGAACUGCUAAACUGGACUUUGGUCAAUGGUGUAAAUGAAGCCGUCGGGGUGUUGAACGUCAAAGUGAAAGACGUAAAAUAUACAAUUGUGGCCACACCUGAUCGACCGUUCACCAACCAUACUGCUACCUUGGUCUGCAAACAAAUGGGCUACAUUGAUUAUUAUAGUUAUGAGUCCAUAACAAGCUAUGGAGACGCUAUGGGACCAAUAGCAUCAAUGUAUUGCCCUACGACGAACAUAUCAUGUAAAAUUCAGCCAAUCGGUUAUGAGAAUUCCUGCGCGAAUUGCUUUCGGAAAGCUAGUAUUGUCCUUCGGUGCUUUAAAGAGAACACGACUGUGUUCGAAAAUGACACAUGGCCAACAGAAUGUAUAACGAAAGGGUUUGUGAAGACAUAUAUAAAAGGAAAGUUUCGUUACUCGUAUAUGUACAAGAAUACCUAUUUGUCAGUUACAAGUGAGGCUAUCUGUAUAAAUGAAGGCUUAACACAAUAUCGUUAUCAUUUACACCCGAGUUCUUCUUCCGUAAGUUGGGAGUUUUUGGAGUGUAAAAAUACGAAUAUCGAAGAUUGCCAAUGGAAUGAAACAAAACAAUCUCGGAGAGGUUGCAAAAAACUGGAAGUAGAUUGCAAUUUUACUCAGUCAGACGUUAAACGUGAAGAAUUUUGCCAAAAUGAAACGUAUCAUCAAAAAAAUGCAAAUUUACGUAAUUGUUUAGAACAAUGUAAUUCGGCGACAGUCAGGCCUACUGCUGAAUUUCCCGGAAAGGAAGAAGGAAAAUUUGUAAGAUCUUCAUCGGCCUGUGGUUACAUAGUGUCAACGGUUCUAUACACAAUAAUUACGGCCUUAAUUGCUGUAGCGUUAACAUCAAUUUGAAAUAUCAUUGGAAAGUUUCGGUACAAAUAUGAGGGUAUUACCAAAUUUGCUGCCAUUAUUGAUACGGUGUAUAUUUGACCGACUAUCAUAUCCUUAAAGUAUUGGCUGUAGGAUACUUAUGAAAAUGAGUUUAUUAACCGACGAAUAAGUACAAGAUGAAAUAUGUAAGGGCCCGAAUUCUAUGGCUAACGGACAAAACAAUUAAU